UUUCUUCUGCAGACUUGAGCAUUAAGAAGUCACCGCUUUGGAUAUAUGCAAAACGGUUUAGUCUUAGCACCAAUAUGAGAUCAGCCAAUUUUGCUGAAUACAAUGAAUGGCUUCUUAAAUUGGGCAACGGUACACUUCGAGCUGAAUCAUCUCGAAUCACAGAUCCAGAAUACUUUCGUGUUCCAGAUCAAUUUUUAGUUAAUAGCGUUGACGAGCUAACAACUGAAAUCUAUGGUGCUGGACUUGAUCCAGCUUAUCAAGAUCAGGCAGAGGAAAUGGCCAAAAAGGUCAUUCUCACCACCACCAAUGAUUUAGCACAUUUUUUCAAUACAAAAAUAUCAAACUCAUUCAUUGGUGAGAAUACAAUUUAUUACAGCAUUGACAAUAUUGCGGAAAACCACAGCGGUUUGCAAUUCAAUGUUGAGUGUCUUCAUGCGAUGAACCCGCAAGGUUAUCCUAGACACAAACUGGAAUUAAAAGUUGGAUCCAUUAUAAUGUUGAUCCGCAAUGUUGAACCACAAAGCGGUUUGCUUAAUGGUACACGUUUAGUUGUCACUCAACUAAAAAGACGCACCAUUAAAGCUCGCAUAUUGACAGGAACGCACAAAAACACGGAGGCUCUGAUUCCUCGGAUCAUUUUCCAACAAAAUGAUCAAGAUCCUGAGCUGCCAUUCAAAUUGGUGCGUAGACAAUUUCCUGUGGUGUUGGCUUUUGCCCUGACAAUUAAUAAGUCUCAAGGGCAAUCUUUCGAAAAAGUAGGUGUAUACCUUCCCACACCAGUAUUCCAACAUGGAAUGAUGUAUGUGGCUCUUUCCCGAUGCAAAAAUCCUAAUAAUCUUAAGAUUUUUGUCGAGGAAAUUGAGGAAAAGCAAGGUGCUAUUUUGCUGACGGUCAACAACGAUCGCAGCAUCUACACCAAAAAUAUCGUAUUCCGCCAACUUAUCGAUAUCGAUGAACAAUAAUAAGUAUGCUGUUUGAUCGAUAAGUUGAUGUUGGAUUUACGUAACAUUUUCAAAGGUGUCAGGUACAAUACACAAGUCAUAGCUGACCCUGCGGUACCAAACCGAAACCGGAAGCAAAACGCCGUGCAUAGAAAUCCACCGUCAGGCACAAAGCACGAAGCGUUAAAAUUGACACCUUUGGCUAGAUGCCAAGCAGGGGGGCGGCGCAGCCGCCACACCUGCGGGUAUCCAGCUAUAUUGACCGUCAAGGAUUGAUACCUUUGACUGGAUACCAAGCAGGGGGGCGGCGCAGCCGCCACCCCUGCGGGUAUCCAGCUCUAUUGACCUCA